AGGGUUUCGAGUUGUUCUUCUUCGCGUAAGAGUUGAGGUUUUAGCUGUUUCUGUUACCGUUUGGUCCAAACCUAAAGAGGAGUGUGUCGUUUAUAAGAUCCAAUCACGGUCUUUCGGGCGGUUCAGGAUCAUCAAGAUGUGUCUAGUAUGCUUCAACCUGCUCUUGCUUUUGCCCCUUGUCGCAGGAGCACCAAAUCCGUUUAACGCCAGAGAGGCUAGAGACUUCGACGAAGCCCUAGGUCCGACGAGAGGACAGACAAGGAAGCAGCGAAGGACUGACGUCUUCAGCGGUGGUGACUGCAGUUAUGAGUCUGGGUGUAGACCAACAGGUCGUGUAAUCCAUUGUUAUGUCCAUAUUAAGGGUCGUGCCUUGUCAAGUAAAUCUUGUAGAUGCAAGAAGGGAUGUUCGGAUAUUCUUGAAGGAUAUCAAAUCUAUGCUACUGAGAUAGAGGUGGACCAGCGGUCGUAUCUCUUAGUCCUACUUCUAGGGACCACAAGGACUACGGGUUCCUGCUAGUUCUAAUACAUCAGAGUAGAAGAACAGCGACAAGAGGACGAGCAACAUGCUGACACGAGGCGUGAGAUUGCUGUGCAGAUGAAUUUCAGCGGUUCUGAGGUCAUGUACGUAAACAGCGACACGAAGUGUCGCAAGCUACGAGCGAUGUUGGAGAAGGUCCUUCCUCCAGAUUAAGGCUCGAUACAACAAUUCAUUUCCGAGGCUCAUUUUCUUCCGUUUCCUUCUUCUUAGGGUUGUGAAGAAAUAGAGGGAAGAAGUGAAAUGCUUUUACCUCUCUAACGUGACAUCGUUCCAGAAAUUGUCGUCGGCAAUCAUCGAGUAAGCCAUAGUCCAUUGUCUUUGAGCGAAGUGAUACGGCGCAUCAGAAAUCAGAAUACUGGGGACAUUGAUGCUCAUGCUGCCUCUGCAGAUCCCCAAGAUGUAGAUGAGGAUGAUUCGAUGCCCUCAGGAAGUCUCAUCUCGCCUUUUUCAGCGGCGUCUUCGUGUGGAACGAGAACUACAUCAAUAGCGUCCACGCGACAUGCUAGCAAAGAGAGCUCUGAGGACAGCUCUUCUAUGGACGUCUUUUCAUCUGGUUCUAGGCCGUUGUUUCUAGGCCGUAAAAGUACAAGGAGAUCAGGAGAAGAUGUUGAGCAAGGUGCUAGUACAGCUACUAGUGUAGUAAAUGGAGGAGGUGACAACUUCUUGUCGCCAAGCGAAGAUCUUCAUCGACAAGCUGUCGUAGAUGGAAAACAUCAUCGAGAGAAACAUCCAGAACAAGAACAAAGCGAACAAAGUCCCUCACAAAAAAUACAACAAAAUCAUGUCACAGUCCAAGUGUUACGAACAGCGCACACGACGCUGUCCGACUACCUUGCUCAACUGCAUUCUCGAGAAAGGCAUCCCUUAUUUGGGCAACUAGCUGCGACAGGCUUCAGUCAACAGGAACAAAUCGGCUACGAGAUUGGAUUCGAGUUUAUUGAUGUCCUGCGCCGUCACAGUUUCCGGGACGUCGCGGUCCAGGCCAAGAACUUCCUAACGCAAGCUUUUCCGAGAGAAAAAAGUCGGUGGAGACUGAGUCCUCAGUUUUUUUCCACGAGUCCGGUGUUGAUGACGGAUGGCGCAAAUGCAGAGCCGUGCCCCUCUUUGCGGACGCUGGACGGACACAUCAGGACCUACCACGAUGGUGAAUUGGGUGCUGGAGCGGCUGGUAGUUCUUCGCGAUACGAGAGUCCCACUCCGCGAGGACAAGUAGAUCUCCAACCACAAAUGAAGAAUCAUCUUCCCGAUGUUCAUCAACGGCGACAACCACAGCGAGAACCAGCUUCUGCAGAUAGACUACGUGGAAAUGUCCACGCAGAUGCGAUGAACCAAGGCAAUGAGCUGCAACACAGACGAGGUGAUCAUGGUGUUCUGCGAGGGUCGCUGUUGCGGACAGCAUCUCAAUAUGUCGAUACAGAGGAGCAGCCACCUUCGGCGUUCUUUGUUAGGGCUUGUUUUUCUGGUUUUUUGAGGAUACUUCGGUGAUAUCAGAAGCAUUAUAGAUACAGAUAGACGAAUUGCUUCCUAGUAUUUUGGCAAGCGAGCCACAUUCUGAUGCUGGAAGGUAGAAGCUCACUGUAGAUUGCAUCACUUCAUCUGCACCACUGGAGCAGCAACAUACCAAUUUAUUUUUGUCCUCAACAUCUCUUCCAAUCUCCACUCUUCUGCUGAACUUGGUGACACCUCCUCCUUGUCUUCGAGUCUGGGGUCUACGGGCUCUACUUCUCGGAAUAUGAGGAUUUUCACCAGCGCAGUGAAACACCCGAUAUCAAUGAUACUGAUAUGGAGGAAAUCGUUGAGGGAAGCGCCAUUCAGGAGGGCAAUGGGCUAUUGA